CGGAAGUGCUGUUAGUGUCGCUGGCUUCGCAGCAUCUCACAAUGAAGUUGAUCUAAACAGUGACAGUAAGCAAGUGAAAUAUGAAAUUGUAUUGUCUAUCCGGGCACCCAACGUUGCCUUGCAAUGUCCUCAAAUUCAAGUCGACCACCAUCAUGUUGGACUGUGGGCUUGACAUCACGUCAGCUCUGCACUUCUUGCCUCUCCCACUGGUCCACAGCCAGCGGCUUUCCAAGCUACCAGGAUGGGUGUCAAAAGACGGCAUGAUAAACCUGGAGAAAGAGCUGAAAGAAUGCGCAGGACGAGUUUUUGUAGACUCUUUGCCAGAGUUUUGUCUUCCAGAGAAAGAGCUGCUGGACCUGUCUACCAUUGAUGUGAUCCUCAUCUCCAACUACCACUGCAUGAUGGCCCUUCCCUACAUCACGGAGCACACCGGCUUCACUGGCACCGUCUACGCCACAGAGCCCACUCUACAGAUCGGCAGGCUACUGAUGGAGGAGUUGGUCAACUUCAUGGAGCGAGUGCCAAAAGCUCAGUCUGCCACCUGCUGGAAGAACAAGGAAAUACAGAGACUCCUCCCCGGCCCUCUGAAGGAUGUGCAGGAGGUGUGUGGGUGGAGGAGGUGCUACAGCAUGCUGGAGGUGAACGCGGCCCUCAGCAAGGUGCAGCUGGUCGGCUACUCGCAGAAAGUGGAGCUGUUUGGGGCAGUGCAGGUCACCCCCCUAAGUUCUGGCUACUCAUUGGGCAGCUCCAACUGGAUCAUCCAAUCGCAUCACGAGAAGGUGUCUUACGUGUCUGGAUCCUCUCUCCUCACCACCCAUCCUCAGCCGAUGGACCAGAGUUCUCUGAAGAACAGCGACGUGCUGAUCCUGACGGGGCUGACGCAGAUCCCCACCGCCAACCCAGACGGCAUGCUGGGAGAGUUCUGCAGCAACCUGGCCAUGACUAUCCGGGCGGGUGGCAAUGUCCUGGUGCCGUGCCACUCCUCGGGUGUGAUCUACGACCUGCUGGAGUGCCUCUACCAGUUCAUGGACUCGGCCAACCUGGGCACCGCCCCCUUCUACUUCAUAUCGCCCGUCGCCAACAGCUCUCUCGAGUUCUCGCAGAUCUUUGCCGAGUGGCUGUGUCAGAAUAAGCAGUCCAAAGUCUACCUCCCAGAGCCCCCCUUCCCCCAUGCGGAGCUGGUGCAGACCAACAAGCUGAAGCACUACCCCAGCAUCCACGGCGACUUCAGCAGUGAGUUCCGGCAGCCGUGCGUGGUGUUCACGGGCCACCCCUCGCUGCGCUUCGGGGACGUGGUGCACUUCAUGGAGCUGUGGGGCAAGUCCAGCCUCAACACCAUCAUCUUCACCGAGCCAGACUUUGCCUACCUGGAUGCCCUGGCCCCCUACCAGCCGCUGGCCAUGAAGUGUGUGUACUGCCCCAUCGACACGCGCCUCAACUUCCACCAGGUCUCCAAGCUCCUCAAGGAAGUACAGCCUCUCCAUGUGGUGUGUCCAGAGCAGUAUACCCAGCCCCCUCCCUCCCAGUCCCACCGCUCGGACCUCAUGCUGGAGCUGCAGCCUCCCCCCAUGUCCUACCGCCGCUGCUCCGUGCUGGGCCUGCCCUUCAGACGCCGAUACGAACGCAUACAAAUACUACCAGAGCUGGCCAAGUCUCUGGUGCCCAGCGAGAUUAAACCUGGCGUUUCUGUGGCAACCGUCUCGGCAGUGCUGCAUUCCAAGGACAACAAGCACGUCCUUCAGCCGGUCCCCAAGCCCGUCCCUGUGCCCCCCACUAAGAAGCGUAAGCGGGUGCAGGAGGAGCCGCCCGAGCCCCUGGGUCCUAAAGCCCUCCUCAGCGGAGCAGUACCACUGGAGCCAUUUCUAGCCACGCUGCACAAGCAUGGCAUCAUGGAUGUGAAGGUGGAGGAGUCAGCUGAGGGCCACAUAUUACACCUGCAGGCGGAGGACACCCUGAUUCAGCUGGAGGAAGACUCGACCCACAUCAUCUGCGACAACAACCAGACGCUCCGCACCGCCCUCCGAGACCUGGUGCUGCGCUUCCUGCAGAAGUUCUGAAUUAAGUUCUGAAUUAAACCUCCUUCAGUGAGGCCUCCUGGGUUGCGGGAAAUAUAGGGUGCAUCCCAAUAUGUGACCUUGCCUCCUCCACUUGCGCUUGUCUCCUCGCCCCUCCUCCGUGGAGAAAACGAUAAAGUUUCCCAGCUGUCAGCCUAGCCACAACAACUUUUGAGGGACUGUUUUUCAUUCACCAUAACAAUUGCAAACGAGAAAAAGACUCUACAAUUGAGCUUUUGGAAGAUAUUGAAAUAUAAUGCUGUUGUCAGUGAUGUCAUCAUGACGAGAAGCGAGUGGAGGAGGCAAGUGGAGGAGGCAAGGUCCCAUAUUAAGAUGCACUCAUAGCAAGUGGUGCCCUCUAGGGGUGUGGAGUGUUAGCUCAGCUCAGUUGAAUGGAAUCGCCUACUUGGCAGGGCUGGAUUAUAAGACUCCCGGAGCCAAUAGGCUACAGGUCGUUGUGGGUCCCCUCUGGAAGGCUAAUUUCAUGACAAAAUGACAUAGACGGUGUCAUACUUAUGUGCUAGGAAUUAAGGAUGAUAUGUCUGCCAUCUGUAGGCGCUGUAUUAACAAGAUUUAAAACUGUACUUGGCAUUACAGAUUCAUUUCUCAAUAUUGCAUAUGGUCACAAUUCUGCAAUUUCUUAAAUUUUGGCCAAUUGUGGGCCCCCUGGCAGGUUCCAUAUCUAGCCUGCUGUGCGUUAAUCUGGCCCUGCUACUCAGAGUAGUCUCUAGUCCAAAGGCAAAAAACUUGUCCAAUUCCUGUGUGUGAUACCCGGUCACCGGAUGUCUGCGUUGUGCAUCAUGCUAUUGUCUAGAUUUUGUUUUGUGGUCUUUAAGUUCUUGUGACAGCACCCCACCCCUCCUUUAAAAAAAAAACAAAAAAAAACAAAGCUUUGUAUAGAAUGCAUUUUGUAUGUUUUUCAAAAUAAUAAUAAAAAACAAUUGAUUCAUUUGUGCUAUU